UGGUUAUGCUUAGUGAAGGACGGGUCAUGGCUGGGUGGAAGUCAGUGGUGGCGAUAGUGGCUGUGGUGGUGGUAGUGUUGGUAGUGGUGGCGGCGGUGGUGGGUGCUGUGGUACUGCUUAAAGGAGGUGGUGGUGGUCGUCUUCGAGAUAGCCGCCCUUGUGUUGAUUGUGAUAUUUUCGCCGAGAGGCUAGUUCGGGGGACCAACACCAACGAGGUAGAGGCCAUCAACUUCCUGAGGCAGUAUGACCGAGAGGCCUCCAUCAUGUGUAACCGGUUCAUGGAGGCCAGCUGGGACUACAAUACCAACCUCACUUCCUUCAACAAACGCAAGAUGCUGGAGCGACAGAUGGAAUGGUCGGAAUUUCACCGCAACAAGUGGAACGAGGCGACCACCUUUGCCUGGAAGAACUUCACCAACUCCCCCGUCAGAAGGAUGUUCUCCUUCGUCACCGUCCUGGGCAAGGCGGCGCUACCCAAGGAGAAACUGCAGGAACUAACAGAACUCGUACAGGAUAUGAAGACGAGUUACUCCUCGGCCAAGAUUUGUAAAUACGACUCAACGCGACGGAGGCUGCCAGACGGUGACUAUGACUACUAUACCGACUUUGAGGUGGAGGAUGAUAACGAGAUCGGUUGUAUUCCGACAUCCAGUUUAGAGCCCGACCUGACGAAUAUCAUGGCGACAUCACGAGACCCCGAAGAGCUUAGAUAUGUGUGGAGGGCGUGGAGGGAGGCCGCCGGGAAGCCACUGCGUCAGAAGUACCUUCGCUUCGUCGAGUUGGCGAAUGAGGCGGCGAGAUUGAAUGGUUAUGACGACGCCGGGGAGUACUGGAGAAGUGACUACGAGACUGACAACUUCCGCGAGCAGCUGAAAGAACUGUGGGAUAAACUGCGGCCCCUUUACGAGCAACUACACGCCUACGUCAGGACCAAAUUGAGGGAGAAGUAUGGUGAGGUGGUGGUGCCGCGCGCUGGGCCUAUUCCUGCACAUCUUCUGGGAAACAUGUGGGCACAGACGUGGACCCACACACUGGACCUCACCGUCCCAUACCGUGGGCGCACUACCAUUGACGUCACCAACGCCCUCCGUCGCCAGGGUUACACGCCCCUCAGCAUGUUUGGCCUGGCGGAGGAGUUCUUCACCUCGCUGGGGCUCGAUCCCAUGCCCUUCACAUUCUGGCAGAAGUCGAUGAUCGUCAAGCCCACCGACAGGGAGGUUGUGUGUCACGCAUCAGCCUGGGAUUUCUGUAAUGGUUUUGACUACAGGAUCAAGCAGUGUACACAGGUGACGACAGAGGACCUCAUCACCACGCACCACGAGAUGGGUCACAUUCAGUACGACCUUCAGUACCGCAACCAGCCCUUCAUCUUCAGGGACGGCGCUAAUCCAGGGUUCCACGAGGCGGUAGGCGACGUCCUCGCGCUGUCAGUCUCCACGCCUCGACACUUGCAGGCUGUGAACCUCGUUAGCAACGUGGACGAUUCCUAUGAGACGGAUAUUAACUUCCUCUUCACAAUGGCCUUGGAUAAAAUCGCUUUUCUGCCUUUUGGUUACUUAGUAGAUCAGUGGCGGUGGGAAGUGUUCAGCGGCGAAAUAGGAGAAUCCUCACUCAACAGCCGGUGGUGGGACCUUCGACUCAGUGUGCAGGGGGUGUCACCGCCCGUCCCCAGGGAUGAGGACGACUUCGACCCUGGCGCCAAGUUCCAUGUCCCUGCCAACGUUCCCUACGUCAGGUACUUCGUCAGCUUCAUCAUACAAUUCCAAUUCCACGCUGAGCUGUGCAAGGCUGCUGACCACGAGGGCCCACUCCACCACUGUGAUAUUUACCGCUCUGUCAAGGCCGGAAAACUCCUCAAAAACGUGUUGUCGCUGGGUAAGUCUCGGCCGUGGACGGAGGCGCUAUCGGUGUUGACGAGCGACAAGACCAACAAACUGGACGCUGAGCCCAUCCUGGAGUACUUCGCCCCUCUCCUGGCCUGGCUCGAGUCCCAGAACCGCGGAGAGUUCAUCGGCUGGCGAGAGAGCGAGGCGAUCGUACAAUCAGUGACCACCUCCAACGCCUCAGUGGUGACGGGGGUGAUCUUGGCCUUCAUCGCCGUGGUCUUGGUAAUCGCCCUCAUCAUCGUCGGCAUCAGGAAGUUUAGGAACUCCGGCAAAUCCUUCAGGACCGCCCCGCCAGCCACCUGAGACCACCUGGACCCAGACUCUGAGGCCGAGAUUAUUGAGGAGGAUUUGGGAACCAUUUAGUGGAUGGUGACGUGUUUGUGUUCAUGUCUCGUUGUGUUAAAGCUCCUUCUACUUCUUCCCUCUUAUGUAUGGGUUCCCCUCUCAGCUGAAUAAAAUCGUCUGGCUUUAACUAAAUAAAAUAUUAAAAGUGGCGUUCCCGUAAUGAAGGGGUAAGGAUUAAUAAGUGCUAAUUCAUGAAUAUAUUUCGGAGUAUUUUCAUUCCAGUGUUUGAUAAAGACACACAAUUGUAUUACUAUUUUAUAUAUGACAGACGAAAGAGAUUUAUAAUUCUGUUUCUAAAGAUGCAUGACAACGUUGAUCAAUGACGGAAAGACGUUUGGUGAAAAAAAAUCCUCCUGUUGACAGUCUUGAUUAUAUUUUUAACAUUAUGGGGAAUCAUGUUAGUCUCUCAACACCGGUGAUGAUGAACUCCCAAGACGUGUGCAACAAUGUAACAAUUUCAACCUCAGAAUUUGGGUCGACCUCGAAACACCUGUGUGCUGUGACUGAUGUAUUUGUGUAGCUCCAACAAUACUGUCCACACCUGCACCAUCGCCCCCUCACUACUACUACAUCACUGUGUAGCUCCAACACUUGUGCACAUCUGUAGAACCACUGUGCCUAGCUACAAUAAUAUAGUCUCAGUAUUUUUGUGCAUAGUUGUAAAACUGCUGCACUGUGUCGCUCUGUGCUCUCUUAUGAGCUGCACACAUCACUACUUAGGUCUUCCACCACCAGAUUGGUCAUUACAUUUGUUUAGAUAUAAUCAAAAUUUAUGUAACCGUCAAAUAGAAGUAAUACUGUACAUGUUAUGUGUAACUAUUACUGGAGGUUUUCAAAUGCCUUCCUGUAAUACUUGUAGUGGACACAUCAGCUAAGUCAGUAAACUCUUAUUUUUAAAGGUAUUUGUUAAUAAAAAUUUUCUUGUAAAUUACUGCGUUACGUUUUGCACAAUACCAAUAAAUGUGUUGCUUCUCAUAAGUAACUGUUAAUUGGCAUAAGAUAGAACUGAACAUUGGAGAGGAGACAAACAAUUUUUUUUUUAAACUCUUCAGUGUUCAGUCCGGGAAAAGGUCACACGCUUCACACAAAGAAUCACUUUAUUUUGAUGACAAUAAAGAUCACGUUUAAGCACACUGUAUUUGGUCAGAUUACAGAGGCCAUAGAUUAAGUUGGACAAAACCACAAGUAGUCAUUUUGGUCGGUGUAAAAUUCACACGUUAGGUCAGUGUAGAGAGUACAAGAGAAUUCAAAGUAUUUUUUUUUUAUGUGCUUUAACUAGUUCAUGGUUAACUUUCAUAAUUUCUUCAUUUUGUCCUCUUCAUCGUGUCAUACAUCCUUGUUUACCUGUAGUGAUUAUUUUAAGUCCUCAUUAAUUAACAGGUGUCAUACAUUUCACUUUUUUAUCAUCCCAAUAUAAAGAUUAUAGAAGCACUGCAUAUGAGGACUCCCUGAGAGUUAUUUAAUCAAUAUAUGUACAUUAUUACUUUUUUAAUAAAUUAUGUAUAUUUUUA